CCCAGCUCCACGCGAUGAGCCCCGAGCCGGCGCCCCAGGCUCCCGACCCGCAGGGCGUGCGCUGCAGCCUCGAGGAGCCCUCGGCUGAGCGCCUGGGGCAGGGCGCCGCGGCCUUCCUCGCCGGCGACUACGAGGAGGCGGCCGAGCUCUUCCGCUCGCUGCUGGCCGGCCUGGCGCAGCCGGAGCGCGGCCUGUGCCUGCAGCUGGGGGACGCGCUGGCCCGCGCCGGCCGCCUGCCCGAGGCCAUCGGCGCGUUCCGGGGCGCCGCGCUGCUCGGCCCCCUGCAGCCGGAGGAGCUGGCCGAGCUGGCGAGCGGCCUGGCGCGCGCUCUGGGCCUGCGCGAGAAACGGCCUCCUGCGGUGGCCAGGCCCGGCUGCGCAUCUGGGGCCCCGAUGGUGGCCGUGGCGCCCCGCGACCUGCUGGGCUGUCCCCGCUGCGGGCGGCUGCUCUACAAGCCGGUGACGCUGGCCAGCGGGCUCACGGUGUGCAAGCGCUGCGUGGAGCUGGUGCCGGCGCGCGCGCAGGCCCGGCGCGUGAACGUGGUGCUGAGCGGGCUGCUGGAGAGGUGCUUCCCCGCCGAGUGUCGCUUGCGCAGGCUGGCGUGCCAGGCGCGGGGACUGCAGCACCAGCAGCAGCCCGAGGCCGCGCUGCUCAGGUGCCAGCAGGCCCUGGACAUGGCCCCUGAUGACAGCUCAUUAUUGCUGCUGAGAGCAGAGUUGUAUUUAACCAUGAAGAACUAUGAACAAGCCCUGCAGGAUGCCGACACAGUUUGUCAGAGGGAGCCUCUACUGACCAAGGGGCACCAUAUCAAGGCUCAGAUCCUCUCCAGAUUGGGAAGAAGUAAAGAGGUGUUGAAGGAGUUUAUCUACUGCCUUGCUUUAAAUCCCGAGUGUAACUCAGCGAAGAAAGAAACGCAGAAGGUAAUAUGCGAGGUGUUCUUUCCAGCUUCAGAAAAUGAGCAUCAAAACCCAACAUCAUCCACCCAAAGCGGAGCAAAGGCCCAUUGUGAUGCCCAGAUGAGUCCCCAGGAUCCUCUGGAAGGGGCUGGAAGUCACGCCCAUGCAGGUGGCCCCGAGACUCCGUCGGAGAAGUCUGACGUUCUGAGGAAUGCCAGCUCUCCGGUUUUAUAUUUCAUUCUGGGCCUCCACUGUGAAGAGGAUAAAAAGGCUUUGGAGGGGGUCGUCCCAGCAGCACCCAGCAGCACUCUAAAGAGGCAGCUUCCCAGCGAAGAUGAGUGUGACGUCAACACCCCUGAAAAAAUUCCCAAGAAAGAUGCAGAUUCCUCACCUCAGAGGAACGUGAGCUGUCCUGAAGAAGAGCCAGAGUUUGUGAUUGAUGUGACCGACUUUGAGUGUGCUCUGUGUAUGAGGCUGCUCUACGAACCUGUCACCACACCUUGCGGACAUACAUUUUGCCUAAAAUGCCUCGAGCGCUGCCUUGACCACGCCCCACACUGUCCACUGUGCAAAGACAAGCUUUCGGAACUGUUGGCAACCAGAAAUUUUAAUGUAACUGUUCUGGCUGAAGAAUUGAUAUUCCGAUAUUUAUCAGAUGAGCUGUCUGACAGGAAGAGGAUUUAUGAUGAAGAAAUGUCGGAACUGUCAAAUCUGACCAGGGACGUGCCCAUCUUCGUGUGUGCCAUGGCCUUCCCCACGGUUCCCUGCCCACUCCAUGUCUUUGAGCCCCGCUACCGGCUCAUGAUGAGAAGAUGCAUGGAAACCGGCACCAAGCGGUUUGGAAUGUGUUUGUCCGCGGAGAACGCUGGGAUUUCAGAGUAUGGCUGCAUGCUGGAGAUAAAGGACGUCAGGACGUUCCCUGACGGCAGCUCUGUUGUGGAUGCCAUUGGCAUCAGCCGCUUCAGGGUGCUAAGCCACCGCCACAGAGACGGCUACAACACAGCCGACAUCGAGUAUCUGGAAGAUGAGAAGGUGGAAGGUCCGGAGUGCGAAGAGCUCGCCGCCCUGCACGAUUCUGUUUACCAGCAGUCCGUCUCCUGGUUUGCUUCCCUCCAGGACCACAUGAAAAAACAAAUCCUAAGCCAUUUUGGGUCCAUGCCAGACAGGGAACCUGAGCCACAGAGCAAUUCCAGCGGCCCUGCCUGGUCCUGGUGGGUUCUGGCUGUGCUGCCUUUGGAACGAAAGGCUCAGCUGGCCAUCCUCGGCAUGGCCUCCUUGAAAGAGCGUCUGCUCGCCAUCCGGCGAAUAUUAGUCAUCAUCACACGCAAGAUGAACAGUCGCCAGGAGCUGGCUAACAACACGGAGAGAGAUAAUUGAUUUUUCCUCUACACUAAGGCUGCUGGAAGCCAAGUGCCCACCCUCUUCACCCCACUUUGUAAAAUUGUGUCAAUAAGGUGUUAAGUGGAACAUUUGCCGAAUACUGAUUAUCGCAGAUAUUAGGAGUCUUGCCUGCUGGACCCUGACACCAUACAAGAUUGACCUGAGUUCAAAUGGAAGGUGUCGCUGGGAAACCCCUAAGGGAAUCUCUUCAAACCAGAUGCAGCUAAGUACCAGCAUGGGACACACACAUAGUUGACAUGUGACUUAGGUGUCAAAAGUGAUUACAUUUCUAGCUGGCAUCUUGGCAUGAUAGAUGGAAAACGUGUGUGCCUGUGACUAGACGGUAAGUGGGAGCCACGUUUUCAAGUGGACACAGGCAUGUUAGGAUACAAGCAAGCCAAAAGUGGACUUCAGCUCUGUGUGUUGCCGUGAACUUGUUUGCAAAAUUAAGGAAUGGGGUCACUGUCCAGUUCUUAUGCAAGAAGUAGUCGUUGCUGGG